GACGUCCAGCCCCCCCUAGUUCCAAGGGCGGCCUUCCCAGCCAUGGAGGCCCCAAUGUGCCUGAUAGAGAACAGUCCCGGGCAGCCCCUCCGCAUCAAUGCGCAGGCCCUGGCCAUCCUGCAGCGCAUCCAUCUGCCGGUGGUGGUGGUGGCCAUCGUGGGACUCUACCGGACGGGGAAGUCCUACCUGAUGAACCGUUUGGCCGGAAGGGGCACCAGAGGCUUCUCUCUGGGGGCCACGGUGCAGGCCAACACCAAGGGCAUCUGGAUGUGGUGCCUCCCCCACCCACUGAGGGCCGACCAGGCGCUGGUGCUGCUGGACACGGAGGGCCUGGGGGACGUGGAGAAGAGCAACACCGAGAACGACUCCUGGAUCUUCGCCCUCUCCGUCCUCCUGAGCAGCACCUUUGUCUACAACAGCAUGGGCACCAUCAACCACUAUGCACUGGAGCAGAUGCACUUUGUGACGGAAUUGUCGCAGCACAUCAAGAUGAAGGCCUCGGACAGCGAGAGCCACGACCUGGCCAGCGCCUUCCCCGCCUUUGUUUGGACCGUGCGUGACUUCACUCUGCAGCUGUGCCUGGAGGACGGGACCCCCAUCACGGAGGACCAGUACCUGGAGCGGGCGCUGGAGAGGAGGGCAGAGGCCCCCGAGAGCCAGGACCUGCCCAAGCGGUGCAUCCGGGAGCUCUUCCCCUGGCGCAAGUGCUUCGUCUUUGACCGGCCGGCUUCGCGGCAGGACCUGCAGCGCCUGGAGGAGCUCCCCGAGUCACAGCUGAGCCAGGAGUUCCUGGAGCAGGCGCACCGCUUCUGCCGCCACAUUCAGGAGAACGCCAGGGCCAAGGCCAUCCAGGGGGGGCGCCUGGUGAACGGGACGCUGCUGGCGUCCCUGGCGGAGAGCUACGUGGGAGCCAUCCGCAACAAGGAGGUGCCCUGCAUCGAGAACGCGGUCCUGGCCCUGGCACAGUUGGAGAAUAGGGCCGCUGUGCAUGAGGCGGUGCAGCGCUACGACGAGAUGGAGGAGCUGAUGCGCCCGAUGCUGCCCACGGAGGAUGUGGCGAGGCUGCUGGUGGCCCAUAGCUGUUGCGAGGAGGAGGCCCUCCGGGUCUUCAUGGGCCGGGCCUUCAAGGACAAGGGCCAGCGCUUCCAGAAGCAGCUGGCGGAUCAGCUGCAGGCGAAGUUAGGGGAGCUCUGCCGGCGGAACGAGGUGGCCUCUCUGGACCGCUGCCAGGCUGUCCUGAUGGAGCUGUACCAGGAGGUGGAGGACAACGUUGUGCGUGGGCACUACCUGCAGCCGGGGGGCUACCAGCGGUUCCUCAGCGACCGGCAGAGCGUGGUGGAUCGCUUCCACCAGGUGGAGGACAAGGGGCUCAUGGCUGCCAAGGCCCUGCAGGACUUCCUGGCCUCCAAGGAGGAGACAGCGCAGUCCAUCCUGCAGGCGGACCAGACCCUCCAGGAGAAAGAGAAGGAGCUGGAAGCGGAGAAAGUCCGGGCGGAGGCCGCGCAGAGGGAGGCGCAGCUGCAGAGGGAGAUGCAAGAACGGGCCGAGCAAAUGGCCCGGGAGAAGGAGAGGAGCUUUGAGGAGCACAAGAAGCAGCUGAUGGCCAAGAUGGAGCAGGAGAGGAGGACCCUCCUGGACGAGCAGGAGCGGCUGCUGCAGCAACGGCUCCAGGAGCAGCGCCGCCUCCAAGAGGAGGGCUUCCACAGGGAGGUCUCCCGAAUGCAGGGCGAGAUCCAAGGCCUGAGGCACCAGAUCCAGAACCAGAGGAGCGGUGGAGGCGGAGGCAGGAUCUGCACCAUCUCUUGAGGAUCCAUCGAGGGCAGCCCGCUGACCGCCUUGGCCUCGCUCCAGGCUCCUCUCGGACUUGGUGCCAACUUCUCUUUUAAGCCGCUGCUUUUAACGGUGCCAACCAAGUAUUGUGCCAAGUAUUUAUUAUAUUGCUUGAAAGGCUUGUCGUCAUGGUAAACUGCUUCAAAGCCGGAGGAUCUUGCGCAAUUUCUGGCUCAAAGGGACCGGCAUGAAACCCGGUGGGAGACUGGGGCGAGUCACACCCUCUCAGCCUCAGAGGAAGAUCAAGCAAGGCAGCCUCCCUCCCCUUCCAAGAAGGACCAGGCACAACAACCACCAUCCUCUCCCACUGUUUCAGUGGGACUUGCCUUGAGGGGAAGCGCAGCCGAGGAUCCAUGAUGCAACCAGACCCAGAACCGAAGUGGAAUGUGUGUGAGGCGCCUGUGUCCGGAGGCUGCCCAUGAAAGGUCAUUUAUGAGGCCGAGGAGGCCCUCGUCCCUUUCUCCCUGGGCCAGCCCUGACCUCUCUGACCUCUCUGGGGUUUCCCAGCCCCUCCUUCACCUGGACUUCCCC